UUAAGAAAAGAGAGCGGUCUUCUUCUGCAGGUCUCAAUGGAAACAUGGCUUCAGCAGAGAUCUCCUGGCCCAUCCCGAUGAGGGCCAUCGGGGCCCAGAACCUGCUCACCAUGCCAGGAGGAGUGUGCCACUCUGGGUACCUGCACAAGAAGGGAAGGAGCCAAUUCAGCCUUAUGAAGUGGCCCCUUCGCUACAUAAUCAUCCACAGGGGAUGUGUGUAUUACUUCAAGAGCAGUACCAGUCCCACACCGCAAGGAGCUUUCUCUCUCAAUGGCUACAACAGGGUGAUGAGGGCAGUAGAAGAGACCACCUCCAGUAACGUGUUUCCCUUCAAAAUCGUCCACUUCAGUAAGAAGCACCGGACCUAUUGCUUCUCAGCAGCCAAUGAGGAUGAGAGAAGGAAAUGGAUGCGAAACCUGCGAAAAGAAAUCGAUCACUAUAAUGACAGAAGGGAUUCACAUAUUCCAAAUGACUCUGAAUGUGAUGCGGACAGUUUCUAUGGCCCGAUCGAGUGCCCCAUGGACAUAACCCAUGCCCAUGAUGACCCAGGAGGCAAUUACAUGUUAGAGGAUGAAGAAGAUGAUGAUGAUGAAGAUGACUAUGAAAAACCAGAUAGCCCACCAACUUCUACAGGAAGACCAACUGUCUCACCACCAUCAUAUCCACCUCCUCCACUCCCAUGCCAGUUUAGACAAGAAUCAAUGUCAGGAUUCUGCAAAGGUCUCCCCGAACCUGCCCCCAACAGGAUCCCCAUCAGUCCCCUUCCAAAGAAAAUGCCCCCGCUCUUACCUCGACCCAAGCUGGGUGAGAUCGGCCACAACCACCAUGGACACAAGGACAUCCCAAACUGGGAGAGCUCAGAGAGGAGUGUGAGGGGCCCUAAGAGCCCUGCCCCUCCUCCCCUUCCCAUGGCCAGCCUAAAGAAGCAGAUGAUGAUGGGGAAGAUGUCCAUCUCCACCAUACCUGGGGGGGACCACAGAGCCAUGAAGCCCCCUGUUCCAGUGUCCCUCAAGUCUCCCGCCACCCUGCCCAUCUGCAUCGACCUGGACAGGCAGAUGGGGCUGAAUCCUAGUCCACGUGGUUGCCAUGGCAACACACCCAGUCACAUCCCAAGCGUGCCAAACUACUGCCAUAGUACUAGGCCAGCACCAGAUCUCCCACCACAGGCCUUGCCAGCACUGAACCACACGCCUGGACCGUACAAACCACCAAGACGGUCAGCACAAUCAUCUCCAGAUGGACAAAUCUUCCAAACCUCAGUGGACGAGGUGCCUACCUCUUUAAGAAACAACAGGGAUCCAUCCAAGGACAUCAACGAUGACUCUGAUGAAGACUAUGAGAGUGUUCAAUUACCAGAUUCUGUGUUUGUGGACAUAACAGAAACAAGCAGUGUUGAAAAGUUAUUUAUGGAAUGCUCCAGAACACCGCAGGAUGGUCUCUACUGCUUCAGGAACUCAGGAACAAAGACAUCAAAGGUGCUGGUGGUGUGGGAUGUGAAUCUGUGCAAGGCCAGAAACUACAGGCUCUUUGAGGAGGACUCCCAGUUGUUCCUGGAGUCAGAGCUGACAUUUGCCACCCUGUCAGCCCUAGUGGAGCACUACCAUAGCCACCCUCUACCCAAUCACGACUCUCUGUGUCUGCAGCAGCCAUAUGGUUGCAUCAUGCCAAGAUGACCCCGUCCUGACUCUGCCUGAGGCCAUUUCUCAUCCGCUCAUACGGACACUCUCCAUUUGGCCGUCUAUUAUGGUUCUGCCACAAUCAUGAACUACAGUCAAAACCUACUGUUCUAUUAUGUGAGGACUACUGCAGGACUAGUACUGUAAAGGUCUGUCAUUAUACUGCAUAGCAGCAGUUGAACUGCUGUGGUGUUGUUCAGAAUACAAGCAAAUGUGAAGAUUUGCUGGUUGACUGUACAUUAAUUUCAGAAUAUUAAGCACUGGUUUGCAUUAUGCAUUGAGGACCAAUUAUCUGUAAAUCACUUAUUUAUUCCAUAAAGUUGAUGAAAUAUAUUUUUCAGAAAAGAAAGUUAUAUUUCUAGAUGCUUACAUAAUGAUAGCUGUGAAAUAUGGUGCACAAAAUCAGUGCUAUCACACUUAGAAUUCAACUGUCCACAAGUUCUAUUGCACUGUACAGAAUUGUCUAUUUGUGAUAAUAUAUUAUUUCUGAUUAUAUUGAGUUAGUUUUUUUAUGUGUAACUGGAUAACAGCAGAGGACAGGUGAAGAUUCCAUUGGGUGGCGCUGUUUAAUGCCGUACCAUGUAACCAUGCCCCUACAUAGACCCUACUGUCGACUACAGUUAUAAAAAAUUAUGAAAAGAU